AUGAGUAAAGGUAGUCGUCCCAAAGGUAGUAAAAGCAAAGGAGAUAGUAAUCCGGACAAGCUACAGUUGGGUUUCGACUCAGCUACAAAUGAACAAGCUAAUCCUCCACUCAGACCACGUGUAAUCUAUGACAGUUCAGUUGAAAAGCUUCGAAUAACUGAAGAACGAAUACAAGAACGAUUAAAACAAUUCGAAGCUGAACAUUUAUCGCAACACUUAUCUAAUGAAUUAGAUUCAAUACAAAAUCUGAAAAGUGUAAUGGUUAGAAAGACAAUUCCAGAGAAGGACAGACCGAAACCAAUGCGAAAGGUUGCAGUUUUAAGAAAGGCUCCUGAAGAUUCAAUGCUCGCAGAACAAAUCACCACAACUCCAUUUGAUAGUAAGAAGCUUACUCAUAGACGACAGUCGAAUUUCAACUGGCAUGCAGCUGGUUUGGGUCCCCGUUUCAGUUCUGAUGGGACUAUUUUAAACCACAGUAUUUUGGGUGAUCCUGUUAUUUUCUACCAAAUUGCAUUGGCUCGAAAUGAUAUCAGUUGGAAUAUGGUUCCAAAGGAGAUUCAGUUACAACUUCAAACCACUAUGAUAGAAAUGCAUAAUCUUAAUCUACCAAUAGCUUUGUCGUGUAUUCCAGAGCAAACAAGUCCUGGAUCUCAUCCAUCAAAUGAAUCAAACUUAGCAACUAAUUGCAGUACACUAUCCAACCAUCCAUCUAUUGAAAAGAAAAUAAGCAGUCACUAA